AUGGACAAAUAUCGGCCAAAGAGACCCACCACCCUGGCUCUGUUCCCACAGCUGCCACAAGCCGGCACUCAGGAUUCUAUCAACAACAACUCUUUAGGCAAGAAGGACAGCUGGAAGGACUCCCACUCUUCUUCCCCACACAUCACAGGGGAUCUACCACCACAGGAUGUCCAACCAAAAGCGGAGGCCAAAGUCCGGCACAGCACGCACCGCCCAGCCCCCAAACCGCCCACAGCCAAUGAUGCCAACAGCAAAGCCAACACUCAGGCUGCCGCCACUGCCGCAGACACACGCGCUCGACUGCGGGAAAAACAGGGGUCCGGGGCCACGCACACACAGAACUCCAGCACCCCGAGGAAUCAGAGGAGAGGAGGAGGUGGAGUAGGGAGAGGGCUAGGACGAGGAGCAGCAGCGAUGAAAGAGAGGAGCCUGGGGGACAUCAGAGGAAAGGAUGGAGGGACAGCAGGGAAGGAGGACAGAAGAGGGGGGAGACUGUGUGCGGAGUCCAAGGGGAAGGAGAAAGAGAGGAAUCUACAUCAAAGGCCAAGAGAGGCCAGUGGACUGAAGAACCGGGGGGCUGAUGGGAAAGGAAAAGUAGGUGCUAAAGGGGGUAACAGAGGAGGAGCAUGCAAGCCAAAUAAUAUACUGUCUAACCAAGAAGUGUAUCUGACAGCCAUGGUGGUUCCACGCACACCUGUAGCACCAAGAAACCAGGACAAGACCCAAGACAAAGGCCAAAGCCAUGACAAGACCAAGGAAAACCCCCCUGCUCUCUCCCGAUCCAGCAGUGAGGGGGGGUCAAACAGAAUGUCCCUCAGCUCAGACACAGAGGGCCCCCCACCAGGGCCUCUGCAUCCCUCUCUGUCCCACCGAACCAACCCCGACAUUAGUGAAGAGGAGGGGGAGGGAGACCGAACUCCCUGCGUCAACGUCCAGAAUGGUCCGACCCACUGCCUCGCAGGUAAUGAAAAAACAGAGAUGGACUGUACCAAAUCCGAGGUGGAUGCAGGGGGAGGAAAAGGUGACAGUAACACUGAGGUGGAUGGCACCAACUCUGUCACUCAGGGAGAUUCUGCGGCUGCCCGGACUGUAGCGAAGAGUGGAGCGACAGGGUUAAAUUACGACUCUGUUAAAUACACUCUGGUGGUCGAUGAACAUGCUCAAUUGGAGCUGGUCAGCCUCAAGGACUGUUUGCACCGUUACAAUGAGCACAAUGAUGACAGUGAUGCAGAGACAGUCUAUCAGUCUGCCAACGAGGAGGAGGACCCAGAGUAUGAGGAAGAGAGGAAGAGGAAAGAGGAAGCAAAGAAGCAAGAGAGGAGGAAAGAGGAGGAAAAUAGAAGAAAAGAAGAGGAGGAGUCAAAGAGGAGUAGGGAAGAGGAUCUGAGGAGGAGGAGGGAGGAGGAGGUGAAGAGGAGAAGGGAAGUUGUAGCAAGGAUCUGCAAGCAGUCCAAGGUAACGUCAACCACAGCUUCAGAGGAAGAGGAUUCUCAUGGAGGAAGGCCGGGAAUUCCCAGAAGUAGGAAGUUCCUCAACCUGUUUGCCAACAACAGCAGCCAUUACAGUGCUACAGGUGCUGGGUCGUUUGGUGUGUUCUCCUGUGUUUUGGAUGGAGUGGAGAGGCAGCAGAGCCACAGAGCUGUCUACAGGUUUGUCCCCCGUCAUGCAGAUGAGCUUUACCUAGAGACAGAUGACCCAGUGUUAAUGCUGAACCAGUCUGAGGACCUGUGGUGUCAGGGUUACAACAUGAGGACUGGCUCUACGGGCAUUUUCCCUGCUUUCUAUGCUGUCAAGUUGCCCAAAGAUGUUAACCAAGUCCAGAAAGAUGGUUGGAUAGAGCAGUUCUUGGUGCGAUUCCUGGGCUCAGUUCAAGUCCCCAUCCACAAAGGCAACGACGUGCUGUGUGCUGCAAUGCAGAAGGUAGCAUGUAACAGGCGGUUAGCAGGUCAGCCUCCCUCGGCUUGUGUGCUUGACGUCAGUGUGAAGGGUGUGAAGAUCAAUGUCCAGGACCAGUGUCACUCUGCUCACAGGGGGGACCAGUGUUUCCAUUUUUUCCAGUUGAAGAACAUCUCAUUCUGUGGUUGUCAUCCAAAACACAGCAAGUAUUUUGGCUUCAUCACCAAACACCCUGACCAACAGCGCUUCGCCUGUCACGUGAUGAUGUCAGACUCAUCAUUACAUCCUCUGGCCGAGUCUGUAGGGAGGGCAUUCCAGCAGUAUUACAAGGAGCACAUUGGCUACUCCUGUCCCACUGAAGACAUCUUCAUUGAAUAA